AUAUGAAAACACUUUGAAUGGCGGAGUCUGAGUGUGGUGUGUCAUAUAUAGUGUGAAACUAUUCUUCCUUUUACCCUGAAAAGUAUACAUUGACACCUUGUUUUCUCAUCCAUUCCGAGGACCCAAAGACCAGACAAGAUGAGCAGUGCGGUGAUACCGCAGUGGAAGGUUGCCCUCCAGCAAAAACUGGACAAAAAGAAGGAGGACGAAAGACGGAAAUUGCAAGAUGAGGAGCAGCGGCGUUUGGAUGCCUUGCCCCCGUGGAAAAGAAUGGCUAUGGUACCCAAAAGUGUUAUUAUUAUUUCGGGUGGAACAAAAACUGUGAGUAAAUUGCCGAGUGAAUCUCAAAGUUAUGAUAAUACAGAACAAGUUGAAUCUUCUGGGAAAGAAAGUAAUAAUAUAAAAAGUGGUUCUGCUGGGUCAUCAUCAUCGUCAACAAUGUAUAGAAAUGAAAAUCUAAAAAAUGCAGGAAAUUUACAGCACAAUCAUGUUGUUUCGACUGAGAAAAAUGUGACCAACCAUGUUGGAGUUGAUGAGCAUGAUGGGGCUAAAGAGAAGACGAUUGCGGCACGAGAUGGUGUGGAUGAGGAACAUGUCGUGUCUGUGUUUGAUAAUCCUUUCUUAAGACAUGACGGUGGAAAGAGAAAAAGAAAGGUAUCACCUGUUAUAACUGAGAAAACCAAAGGAAGCAACAGUGUCCAAAAACAACCCGAGCUUCAAACGGUACACAAAGAUGUUCCGCCAACUAUCACAAAAACUCAACCCAGGGAAUCUGUUGCUAUGACUAAAAAGGAACCAGAAAAUAGUAUCAGGCAACGCUCUCGAUCUGCAAGUCCGCGACGUGCAGCCAAAGCCAACGGGAUCGACUUGAAAUUUUCCGAGGCCGAAGAAGUCCCAGCAGAACCAAGGGCUAGGAAAAACAGUGUCAGCGAUUUACGGAACAAAUUCGGCCGACCAGCAUCAGUGGGCGAUUUGAAUCGAGUUUCUCAUAAACUCAGCGAUUCAGAUGAUAAUUCCCCAAGGUCACCUAGAAGUCCUACACCGAUUCUUGACAGAACAAAACUCUUCAGCUCUCAACCCCAAACUGUUCACUUCACUGGAAAAUCAGCCUCAGCCAGCCGGCUAUCGCCAACUACAGUACCAGCGCCAGCACCUUCAAAAGUCGCUGCUGCGCCAGCACCCUCAAAAGUCGCUGUUUCAAAUUCAACUUCCACUAUAAAACAAUCUAACUCAAUGCAAGACAACACUAGUAAACAGUCCGAGAUCAAACCACUGAACCCUCCUCAACUUUCUAAAGUGGUUGCAGUGGCCAGUAGUGUUGUCAAAGUCACCCCCAAACGGCAAGCACCUAAGCCGCCAACAACCACUGACCCUGUCCCUGUCGUGAGUAGGAAGACAUCCCCAACAGAACCAAAAACUGUAUCUAUCUCACCAACUCAAGAAAGCCAUAGCGUUGAGAAACCUGAGUCGACAGUAAGCAAUAAGCCUGUUGAAACCGCAAACAGUUCCAGUACAACAAAUCAUGAUGAGCAAGCAGACCAACCCAAGACAGCGAUUGUUGUCGGCGACGGACAGUCUUCCCUGCGAAGAAAACGUGGCACCGGAAAAAUGUCAGCCAGUGCACUCAUCAGUCUUUCCACUGACAACAACUCGCAGGAUAAGCAACUAAGUGAGCAUAACUCACGUGUCCGUGCAGCCAGACAAGAAGCUAGAGCAAGCUCCUCAAAGAAUCUCCUAAGAUCUGCCAGAGAUGGGGAGACUAAGGACACGGAGAGCAUACCUUCGGGAGCCGUUUCCACAAAUACCUUUGGGCAAAAGAAAGAAACAAAAGAAAACCAUAGUCCCUCAGACUCAACGCCCAAAGAUGAUAUCAUUCCGUAUCCAUCAAACUUUCGACAACCACAGAAGGAGCCUACCUACGUCGAUACAAUUCCUUACCCGUCUAACUUCCGUCAGCCAAAAUCCCAAACUAAGGAGACUACGGAAGAAAAAGAUCCCCCAAUCAAACUUAUAUCAUACACAAGAUCAGUAAAGGAAACCAUUGAAGAAGUUCCACGGACCAAUAUAGAUGAUGUGACUUUAUCACCUGUCAAGGAAACGCCAAAAUUGAUGAAUGGGCGUGUCGAGGAAAAACUUGCACCCAGAAAGCUAAAAAAGACACCAGGUAAAGAAUGGGUUGGGUACAACACACCCGCUGGAAAACCAUCAGCCUUGAAGUCAGUAUCCAAGCUGGGAUGUUCUGAUUCCAAAAAGUUGAGAAUCGCCUUCAAUGAUUCCAAUUUGAGUGAGGUAUUCGAGUAUCAGUCAGAGUCCUCUUUGCUAGACGAGUAUCUUCGUGAGGAACGAGGUAUGAACGGUAACCCCCGAGUCGGUAAUCUGCCAAGACAAGAGGCUAAGGUGGAAGAAGAUGAUGAUAUUGAUCUGGGAGAUUUGUCGGUACCCUCUGCAAAGACCGACAACGUCUUAGCUCAUGAAGGUCUCCAAAGUUUCACCCCUAAGGACAUGCAGAACUUCAGUCCAUCAUCAUUCCGUCAGCAGCAGCAGCAACAACGUUCAGCCCCUACACCCAAAGAAGAAGAGCCUCCACCAACAGACGAACCAGCCUCGGAUGAAUUAGCAAUCACAUACGAUGACUCAGGAGACUACUUCUCAUCUGCAGGGUCUGGUUCCGCUGCCCUUCUGUUUUGAAGACAAAGGGCAAAGGUCAAUGGUCGUUUCAUAUACAGAGGCUAUUGAGUAGUCUUGCUCACAAGUCACUAAAAGUGUUUCUGGCUGAUUUUACAUUAAGUAGAUUUUCCAUGGGAAUAUAUUUUGUGAAUUUAUUAUUUUGAUUGGAAAAUAACCUUUUCAGCCAAAAAGCUCUUCAAAUUGAAGGUGGAUUUUUAAUAAAUUUGUAGUGGAUGGUAACUGCUGUUUAUACAUUGCGUGCCAGUUUGUGAUAUCCAACUGUGAUCGGAGCAAAAUCUAAAUUGUAGUAUGUUGACACUGUGAGGAGGUUCUCUUGUCUGUCUGUGAGAGUAACUUGAGUGCAGUUUAUUCUGAAUAGGCAGCGUUGCGUAAAGUAAUACACAUUCACAGGUUCAUUAAGUGUAAAUAACCCUGAGAAUGUGCUCAAAUAUCAAAUCCACUAAUGGUAUAGAGCUUUUGUGUAAAAGUCUGUUGACAAAGUCUGGCAAAUACACUGUUUUGUAUUUAUUGUGUGCUUUGCACUUUGAGGUAGUGAGCUUUAAAAACACCUCUAUUGGAUCCAUCUCCCCCCCCCCACCCCUUUUCCCUUAGACAAAUCAAUCCAAAUGAGCACUGAGAUGUCAUGUUUUAAAUUUUACAUUUUAAUGCGAGGUAAGAAACUUUUUAAUUUGAGGUUAUCAAAGUGUAUCACAAAACUUCAUUGGCAGGGUUUAUCUUUAUGUCAAAGACCAGUAUCCUUACCUGAUGUAUCCAAAUAUUAUAUGCAUGAAGACUUUGGUUUAAUUAGUUAUUGAAAUUGCUAGAAAGAAAAAAACACCCUUGCUGCAUAGAAUUGUGUACUUUGAGAUGCUCAAGAAAGGAUUCACAUCUGAAGACUUUCUCAGCUUCAAAUCUUAGGGUGAAAAUUACCCCUUUCUCUAAAACUACAUUCCUUCAUAGGGUGUCAUUUCUGACAGCUCUAUGGUGCUCUUUACCAAAUAAAAUAAUUCAAAAAGUUUAAUCUAACUGCACCAUGUCCUUUCGACUGUGGACAUGAAGAAGUUUACCAAAUACUUGAGAAAAUUGCAGCCAUUCAAUUAUUUAUUUGUGUGUGAUUUUUUUUUUUAAGUGAGAUAAUAUUUUCAGCUACAAUUUUUAGCAAAGGACUUCCCUGACAUUCAAAUAAGAUAUUUUAAAUUUAAUAUUUUAAUAGCGUGCACUGUACAUAUUGUGUUAUUUUUAGAUACCAUGAUGAUGAUGAUUUUAAAUUAAUAUAUUCAAUAUUCAUUGGAAACUACACUAAACUGUAUAAAUUAUGUUUAUUGGAAUUAUUCAUAACUUCUUUUUUAAAGACAUUGGAAAGUAUUUUAUAUUCGAGAACCACUGAAUAUGCAUCGCGCAAUUUCAAACAGUGUUGAGUAAAUUUGUAUAGGAUUUGAGUAAAUUUGGCUUAUCAAAGCUAGGCACUGGUCAAACAAAACGCACAGUUUGUAACAUUUGGAUUGGUGUCCUGAUCCUGCUUAGCAACUUUUUCCCCUGCUAAGCAGUAAGGUAUUGAGUUGCCAGAUGUCUGUAAAUUUAAAAAUGAUUAUUUCAUUCCAUUUUGUGUGACUAAUUUUAUCUGAAUUGUGAAAAUGUGGGUUUUAUUAUCACUUAAACUUGAUUUUUAAAUUGGGAUAUUUCCAUUCUAUACUGGGUUUUUGCUUGUUCUAUCUGUGUGUACAUAAAAGGUGAUUUCCAAGUCGAAGGUUGCUGUCAAUAUGUAAAUAAGAUCAUUACAGAUGUAGUAGUAGUUACAUCUGUUUUGCAUAAAUUAUGCAAAUGACCCUGUUGAACAGGACUGCACUGUUAAUUUGGCUUGUCAUAAUAAUUUCUUGUUCUCACUGGGUGAAAUCGUGUUUUGCAAAAAAAGCUACUCUAAACAGUAAAGAUGAACCGCAGUUUUUAAAGUCUUAAAAAUUAAGGUUUUUGCGUUAACAAAUUAAUUGUCUUUCAGUUUAAUUUAAUGUAAAAACACCCAGAUAAAUGUAAGGUAUGAUCUGUAUAUAUUUUGACUAUGUUUUCAAUAUAAGGUGGUCACGUCUUUGAGCUGUAAAUUUUCAUAGAUUGUAUUCUUAUGUUACAACAAAGUACUUACAUAUACACGUUAAACACCUUGUGCGAAUUAAUUCACUUGAAGUGUAAACCAUUCUAUAUAGCUAGAGAUACUGUAUUAUCGAAAUUAGCAAUAAUUCUCGUUAUGGAUAACGAAUCUUCACAAAUACUCACUUGUAUCUUACACUAACAGUUACACAAAUGUAUAAGGUUUAGUCAAACUUUUAUCUGGAAAUGUGUAAUUGCUUAUUACAAGAUUCAGAGAUGUCCGAGUAUGGCUUCAGGGUUUC